GCGCGCUCAGCACGCAGGGCGCGAACUUUUUGAAAGGAACUCGGGGACCGGAAGCGGGUGACCGGACUCGACAUCAUGUCGAUUUCUACGCCUCAGUCAGGUGACCGUCACCAAGUUGACACCCCAGAUAGUGUUUUCCUAUCCCCUGCAACCAGACGUCAGCCAGUAAGUUUGGCUGGCACACCAACUUUGCAGAACUUCACCAGCAACGAUGAUGAACGGGAAAGAAAACAAAGGCGUAUGUCUAGGGUCAUCGACCUGCAGCUCAGUAAUGCUGACUCCCCAGCAUCCACCAUCUCUCCAACUCACAGGGGGACUGACACUCCCACUUCACUACUUCCAAAGCUGAAUAAUACACAGAUCUCUGAUCAUUACUCCACCUGCAUCAAACUUUCACAGGAAAAUAAAAUCACAACAAAAAAUGCAUUUGGAUUGCACCUGAUUGAUUAUAUGGGAGACAUCUUGAAACAAAAGGACAGUGAACUGACAAAUUUCAAAGUUGCUGCUGGAACACUGGAUGCAAGUGCUAAAAUCUAUGCCGUUAGAGUUGAUGCAGUCCAUUUAGAUGUAUAUAAAGUUCUAGGCGGGCUUGGGAAAGAGUCGCAGAUUCCAGAGGAGUCUGAACAUCAAGACCCUGAUGCCUCUACAGAAGGUCAAGAUGAUAAAAAGAAGGGGAAAAAAAGAAAGCGUUCCUACAAAACCAUUGAGAAAAAUCUAAACAACAUUAAUCGCUCUGAAAAUGAUUGCAAGAGUGAGGUUGACCCCCUCUUCCAGAAGUCAGCUGCAUCGUUUGAUGAAUUUAGCACUGCUGGUGUCUUUCUUUCUACCCUUCAAUGUCACAAUUACCACAGUGAGCUUCGCUUUGAGACAGAUGUGAAGCCACUUUCAACCAUUGAAGAAAAUGAUCCUCCAAGCCCAUUGUCUGUGGAUGUAUCGGAGCUGAAAUCUCCUCUAUCACAGUGUGUGGAGAAACGUCCGAUAUGUCCAUCGCUCUCAGGUUUUCGAUUCAUGCAGUGGGACAGUGAUCUUCAAAAUGAGACAGUAUCAUCGUUGAUGGAUAAGUUUAAGAAGAGCGACCAUGUGUUUGACAUUAAUGCUGAAGUAGAGGAGGACUGUGCAGAUGCAGCAGAUCCUAUAGCAGAUGACUUUGAUGCAGAUGCAUGUGAUGGAAUGGAAUCUGGAGAUCUUGGGGAAUUUUCAGAGCAUCGUGAAGCUUUUAGAUCGGAGCGGAAAGGCCCCCAAAUAACUCAAAUUGGAAAUGGAGACAUUGACACCAUGUGCCUUCAGCUGUCCUCUUGUCCAGGAGAGUAUUCCUACUUCAGCCCUCGCACAAUGUCUAUGUGGGCAGGGCCUGAGCAUUGGCGUUUCCGUCCUCGUCACAAAGCUGAUUCUAGCACUGACAAACAGAAGGUCAAGAAGGUGAAGAAAGCUUUUGAGCUGAACUUUGAUGAUGACAUUGACUUUGAUGUUCAUUUCUGCAAAACCAGAGCAGCUACAACUCUCACAAAGUCUACCCUGGGAAGCCAGAAUAAAAAGUCUACCAUACUUCCGGCAGAUUUUCAUUACGACCCAGACAACAUUGUAAAGCUAAGCUUAAGGCCAGUGGAUCGGAUCCGGAAGAUGGUUAAUAAAGACUCAGUUUCUGAGCAUGAAGAUGUUAUUGGAGAAUAUGACUACAAUAAUCCCAAUGAUACCGCCGACUUCUGUCCAGCCCUUCAGGCUGCAGACAGUGAUGAUGAUGAUGGACCAUUCACUGGACCAGGAGAUGAGUAUGAUUUCAUACCAAACACAGGAUUGCCUGAGAAACCGAUGAACAUCACCAGCUAUUCAGAGAGCAAUCUGGUUGCUGAGCCACAGAAGGUCAACAAAAUAGAAAUUAAUUAUGCCAGAACAGCCAAGAAAAUGGACAUGAAACGCCUAAAGACUACCAUGUGGGGGUUGCUGACAAACUGCCCAGACUCUGCAGAAGAGCGACCCUCAAGCAAUGAAACUGAACCUGCAGGUGUAGCGCAAGAGAGCGUGUUCAGUAAUAUCACACAGCAUCUGCAGAAAAGGUUACCUUCAGUGAUGGCACAGAACUUAUCUGUUCCAUUGGCAUUUGCUUGCCUCUUGCACCUUGCUAAUGAAAAGAAUUUAAAGCUACAAGGUGUGGAUGAUCUUUCUGAUGUGCUGAUAAUGCAAGGAGAUUAAGUAACAAAGAGGGGUAACAAAUUAAAGAGACCUCCAAGCAAUUCUCACAAAACCAUGAAAAAAUACUUGUUUUUAUUAUCUGCCUCUCCAAAUGAGAAUAUAUCACAUUAUCUGAAUCAUAGUUACAUUUCCAAAUCCCUGUAUAUAGUGUAUUUAUCUGACUUGCAAAAAUAAAUUUUCAUUUUUUUCCAAACUUUUCUGAGCCCAAGUAUAAAUAAAUGUGAACCAAAACCCAAA